AUGGGCGAACAUGCUUCUUCAAAACACAAGAAACAUGGCGAUCAUCAUCGUCACCAUCAUCAUCAUGAUAACACCAAAGGCAAUCACAGAGGAGCCGCAUCCACUCCUGAUUCAUCUUUGAUGGAAGAUUCCUUUCAAGCGCGACCCACCAAUCGCUUGGGCAAGGAUCACAAAAUCAAAGCAGACGGAGACACUUGGCAAGAAAUGAUGGCCGUUUGUGAGGCCCCCGAAGGAUCUAAUGAAGAAAAAGGAACCUUGGUGAUUCGAUCCUAUUAUCAAAAUAGUCGGACGAAUGAGCGAGUCUGGGACGAACCACCAUCAGGAGCCACCAAUAUCAUUCCCGCCAAUGAGGAAGUACGACGAAUGGCUAAUCUUCAAUUGGAAGAACUGCAUCUUGUCAAGAAAGGAGGAAAGAAUAAAAAGAAGGAUAAGAAAAAGGGUAAUUUCAUGGGAAAACUCUUUGGUCUACCUAGUGGCAACAAAAAGACUGACAAAAAGAAGGAAAAGCGACGAAUUGAAUACAAACCAGGCUCCCAAAUGUAUGCCAAACAAGCACAAAAUGACACAGAAGAUGCGCUAAUGCAACAAGCCAUUGCAGCCUCCAUUGCGGAAAGUAAUGGUGAGACCUAUGUUCAGCCUCCUCCACAGCAGCAGUCUUCUUUGGAUGAUGAAAUGGCCAUGGCACAGGCGUUGAGCAUGUCGGCCGCCGAGCAGGAAGCCAGUGAGAAUGCCUUGGCACAUGCGCUCAGCUUGUCAGCAGCCGAACAUGACGACUCUGCUGCUACCUCUCAGAAACCAUUAUUGAUGGCACCACAAGGGCAUCAAGGGACGACGACACAACGGAAUCAUCACCAUCAAGCUCUCACGGAAGAAGAAAUACUAGCACAGGUGAUGGAACAAUCCAAACUGGAAACCAAGCGCGGAGAAGGAGAUUUGCUCAACAUUGGACCACCGCCUCCCAUGAAUCCAUUCGACACUCCAGCAUCGAUUGAGGAUAGAAAAAUGCCAGCUUCCGGUCCAGCAGUCAAUCAAGACGAAAUGUAUCAAAUGCAACUGAUGGAACGGCAGCUUUUAGAGGUACAACAACUUCAGCAGCAACAAAUGCAACAGCAACAGUUUGCAUCAAUGCCUUAUGCUGGCGCACCUGCUGCUGCGGCUUCGAAUCAGCAUCCCGGUAACCAAUAUGCAGCAUCCUCCAAUGCGGCAGCCGCUGCUUCUGCUUCUCAAUACGCUGCUGCUAUGACUUCAUCAUCGACUCCAGCAACAGCAGCGCCAACCAUGAAGGCACCCCCUUCCUAUGCUACGAAUCUAUCUAAUCCUGCUAAUCCUCCUCCCUCGAAUUAUCAAACCAAUACUGCCUAUGGCGGUGGUGCAUCAUCAUCAUCAUCCCCAACCUAUCCACAACAACAAGAACAACAACAAUUGCGCAUACCUGUGAAUGCGCCGUCCAUGCCUAAUGUGGCCUUGAAACCACCACCGCGGGUUCCUGCCAUUUUGCCAGAUGCGUCUCCUUUUGCUUCGACAGCACCUAUCCUCGGCAGCUUGAAAGGAGCACCCAAAUCGGCCAUGUUUGAUCCUUACAGUAAGGAUGCUGCUGCCAAGGCACGACCACCAUCAGCAGCAACACCACCCGCAAAUACCCGAAAUGGGAGUGGCCUCCAGAAAAUGAAGGAUUCCUCUUCGACAGGAGACGAUAAUCAGUCUUCACAUUCACGGAAAAUGAGUCUCUUCAAACGCAACAAGGCGAGUUCCAAGGUUCAAGACAAGGCGGGGUUAGUAUAA